AUGUCGUCCGGAACGUUCGUAGAUCGAAUCGAUCCGUUCGCCAAACGUUCGCUCAAGAAGAAAAGCAAAAAAUCUCAGGGCUCAUCACGGUACAGGAAUUCACAGGAUGUCGAGCUGCAACAGUUACCACCACUCAAAGUUGACUGUUCCAGCUUAGAGCAGGAGGAGUUAUUCAUACGCAAGCUACGACAAUGCUGCGUUUCGUUCGAUUUUAUGGAUCCGCUUUCGGAUCUGAAGGGAAAGGAAAUAAAGCGGGCAGCCCUAAACGAUCUUUCAGCCUACAUCACACACGGCCGUGGCGUGUUGACGGAGAAUGUCUAUCCGGAGAUUAUCAAAAUGAUAUCGGUGAAUUUGUUUCGAACCCUGCCGCCCAGCGAAAAUCCUGACUUCGACCCGGAAGAGGACGAUCCUACCUUAGAAGCUUCCUGGCCCCAUCUACAGUUGGUGUAUGAAGUAUUUCUUCGGUUUCUCGAAUCAGCCGACUUCCAAGCAACGUUCGGGAAGAAAGUAAUCGAUCAGAAAUUUGUACUGCAGUUGCUGGAACUGUUCGAUUCCGAGGAUCCGAGAGAGCGUGAUUUUCUAAAGACCGUGCUGCAUCGCAUCUAUGGCAAAUUUCUAGGAUUACGUGCGUUUAUUCGUAAGCAAAUUAAUAAUAUAUUCCUACGUUUUAUAUAUGAAACGGAACAUUUCAAUGGCGUCGGCGAGCUGCUGGAAAUUUUGGGAAGCAUAAUCAAUGGGUUCGCUCUGCCGUUGAAGGCGGAACACAAACAGUUUUUGGUGAAGGUUCUGUUGCCAUUACACAAGGUGAAAGUGCUGUCCCUCUACCAUGCCCAGCUCGCUUACUGCGUGGUGCAGUUCCUCGAGAAGGAUGCCUCGUUGACUGAACCGGUCGUGCGGGGCUUACUAAAAUUCUGGCCAAAGACGUGCUCGCAGAAAGAGGUGAUGUUUCUUGGCGAAAUCGAAGAAAUACUGGACGUGAUCGAGCCGCCGCAGUUUGUUAAAAUACAAGAACCGCUCUUUCGACAGAUCGCCAAGUGCGUGUCCAGUCCACACUUUCAGGUCGCCGAACGAGCGCUUUACUUCUGGAAUAAUGAGUACGCAAUGUCACUGAUCGAGGACAACAAUGCCGUUAUAAUGCCAAUUAUGUUCCCGGCGCUCUACCGGAUCAGCAAAGAGCACUGGAAUCAAACAAUUGUUGCCCUAGUGUACAAUGUGCUGAAAACGUUCAUGGAGAUGAACUCGAAGCUGUUUGACGAACUAACAGCAAGCUACAAAGCUGAGAGGCAGAAAGAAAAGCGACGAGAGCGAGAACGGGAAGAGCUGUGGAAGCGACUGAACGAACUGGAAAUAUCGUCCCGUGCGCCAAACAAGGAACAAAAUCCGCUCACCAAUCAAUCGGCAGGAGGACUAAUACAGGACGCCAACCCAUCGCUGGGGGGAGCUGGCGGUGCGCAGCUAAAUCCCAACUCACUUUCAUCGCCCACCGUAACAUCCACAUCAUCCUUCGCGCCCUCGUCGGCAAACACGACUGGCAAUAACAACAAUAAUAGCAGCGCCGGGGGUGCUUCCCAGCCGCCGGGAUCAUCGGGUGCCGGGUCGGCGCUUUCUGCCGGCGCCACUUCCCAGCAGAAUGCUUCGGCGGUCGAUGCGGCUGCCGCGUUAAGCAAGUGA